CAGAGCAUUUCUCUUCACGCGCGUUACACAGAGACCUCACUGCAGUGAUGUAUCGUUGUGCUGCUUAUUUGCGAUUAGCGAACGUUAUCAGUCGAAUGAAGAAAUGCACUAGAUCAGCUGCCGUUUCUCCUGUGCGGUGGUUGAAUCUGCACGAAUACCAGAGCAAACAGUUGAUGGAAGAGUAUGGUGUUGCAGUUCAAAAGUUUGAAGUGUGUGAGACGGUCAGAGAUGCGGAAGGAGCAGCACAAAGAUUAGCUCCAGGAGCAGAUGAAUUGGUAGUAAAAGCUCAAAUAUUGGCUGGAGGUCGAGGAAAGGGAGUGUUUGAUACAGGAUAUAAAGGAGGUGUGAAAGUGACUACUGAUGCAAGUGAUGUAGGUACGUUUGCUGGUGCCAUGCUUGGCAAUCGUUUAGUAACAAAACAAACGAAGAAAGGUGGAGAACAAGUGACUAAGGUGAUUGUAACCCAAGGGUUUGGACCUCCUCGGGAAACAUAUUUUGCUAUCCUGAUGGACAGGGAAUAUUCUGGUCCAACUGUAGUUGCUAGUGCAGCGGGUGGCAUGGACAUCGAACAAGUCGCUGCUUCCACUCCAGAGAAGAUAGUUACAGUACCAAUAGAUAUCAAAGUUGGUCUUACAAGAGAUUGUGCUAGAGAUUUAGCACUGAAACUUGAAUUUAAACAGCCAGAUGAGGCAGCAGAACAGAUGCAAAAGUUAUACGAGAUGUUCAUAGAUGUAGAUGCUGUUCAAGUUGAGAUAAAUCCAUUAGGAGAAACAAAGGAUGGCCGAGUGCCACAAGCAUUACAAAUCUCAACAACUGAAGUUCUAUGCUAUGAUGCCAAGGUCAACUUUGACGACAAUGCUAAAUUUCGACAGCAGAAAAUAUUUGAAAUGGAAGACGAGUCUGAACUUGACCCUCGUGAAGUUAUCGCAGCUCAGCACCAUCUUAACUACAUCGGUAUGGAUGGCAACAUUGGCUGCUUAGUGAAUGGUGCUGGUUUGGCAGUGGCCACUAUGGACAUAAUCCAGUCUAAUGGUGGUAUGCUGGCUAAUUUGGAUGUCGGAGGAGGAGUCAAUGAGAGGCAGGUCAUUGAAGCGUUUGGCAUCCUUACGAGUGAUGAACAGGUCAAGUCAAUAUUUGUCAACAUAUUUGGAGGCAUUGUCAAUUGUGUGACAAUUGCCCAAGGAGUCACUAAAGCAUGUCAAGAAGUAGAAGUCAAAGUUCCACUUGUCGUUCGUUUGCAAGGUAACAACGUUGAUGCAGCAAAGGAGGUUAUGAGAAACAGUGGAUUAAAUAUAAUGUCUGAGGACGACAUGGAUGAAGCGGCAAAGAAAGCAGUACAGAGUGCAAGACUAUGAACAGCUAGUACUACACACUAUCAAAGCAACAACUCGAAUGU